CGAACUGGGGGGCUCUCUACCCCUAAACUCGCUUGGCCAAGCGUGAGCGUACCCCAUAGAGUGCUAAAGGCUAGAGCGACGCUGCUUUCCAGAGGUCAGAGAGAGAGAGGAGAGAGUCUGUCUGUCUGUCCCGGCCUCCCCGUGGCAAUAACGAUAAAGGCGGGUGGGGGUUAAUUCACGGAGGACCAGCCCUAGCGGUUGCUGGACUACAACUCCCAUAACCCCCAAUCGCAAUGGCCAACACACAGCGACGAUGGGAGUUGUAGUCCAAAACAGAAAGGACCUCAGAUCGGUUAACUACAGUCAUGAUGAAAGAAGCAAAGAGAAAGGUUGUUUUUCCUAUAGACUGACUCAAAAUGGCUGAUGAGGAGAUUGCUGCUCUGGUUGUAGACAACGGCUCUGGAAUGUGCAAAGCGGGAUUUGCGGGGGACGAUGUCCCCAGAGCCAUGUUCCCUUCCAUCAUAGGACGGCCCAGGCAUCAGGGCAUUAGGGUGGGGAUGGGCCAGAAGGACAGCUAUGUCGGUGAUGACGCACAGAGCAAUAGAGGCACCCUGACCCUGACGUACCCCAUCGAACACGGCAUUGUCACCAACUGGGACGACAUGGAGAAGAUCUGGCACCACACUUUCUACAACAAGCUGCAGGUUGCCCCAGAGGAGCACCCGGUCCUGCUUACCGAAGCUCCUCUGAACCCCAAAGCCAACAGGGAGAAGAUGACCCAGAUCAUGUUUGAGACCUUCAACUUGCCCGCCAUGUACGUGGCCAUCCCGGCAGCGCUGUCCCUGUACGCCGCUGGCCGUUGUGUUGGGAUUGUCAUGGACUUGGGAGAUGGGGUCACCCACACCAUGCCCAUCUAUGAGAGCUGCACCUUGCCCCAUGCCAUCCAGCGUCUGGACCUGGCUGGCCGUGACCUGACCGACUACUUCAUGAAGUUCCUGACUGAGCGAGGCUACAGCUUCACCACCACGGCUGAAAGGGAGAUUGUGCGGGACAUGAAGGAGAAGCUCUGCUACAUCGCCCUGGACUUUGAGCAGGAGAUGGUCACCGCCACUUUCUCAUCCUCCCUGGAGAAGCACUACAAGCUUCCCGAUGGCCAGGUGAUCACCAUUGGCAAUGAGCGCUUCAGGUGCCCUGAGGCCCUCUUCCAGCCCUCCUUCCUGGGCAUGCAGUCCUGCGGCAUCCAUGAGACAAUUUUCAACACCAUCAUGCAGUGUGACAUCAACAUCCGGAAGGAUCUGUAUGCCAACACCGUGCUGUCGGGUGGUACCACCCUGUACCCUGGCUUUGCUGACAGGAUGCAGAAGGAGAUCACGGCCCUGGCCCCCAGCACCAUGAAGGUCAAGGUCAUUGCCCCACCAGAUCGUGAGUAUUCUGUCUGGAUUGGGGGCUCCAUCCUGGCGUCUCUCUCCAUCUUCCAGCAGAUGUGGAUCAGCAAGCAGGAGUACGAUGAUUCUGGCCCCUCCAUUGCACACCGUAAAUGCUUCUAAAAGCUCCUGUGCUUUUACAGUUACUUUUUUGCGGUGCAAUUGAACGUUGUAGUGCUAUAAUGAAAAGAUAAAAUCUGAAAGAAGGUAUUGGAGAUGUGAAUGGCAUGUUGCUGUCAGUGCAGGGGCUGGAGCGUCCCAACGCAGGAAGUACACUUAGAAGAUCCAUAGUGACAUUGUUGCAGGGUUUAAUCUGGAAAGCACCCUGGUCAGUAGAACUGACUGCUUAUAUCCCUGUGUCGGCUACAUAAAAUUUUAUCCGGGACAGAAUUAAUAUAGAUAAUGUUAAAAAAAAAAAGUCUUCUGGUUUAAGACGAGAAUUAAGGCAAUCUCAUUUUGGUUCAAGCUCCACAAAGCCAGGAAACUGGAACCUAAGGCUGAUGCCUCAACAGACGUGCCACAUGGUCAGCAAUGAUGUUGUGUGGUGUGUCACAAAUUGUGCUCGCUUCCAGCUGGCCCUCCAUGCACCCACACUUCUCCUUGGUCUUUGAGGCCCAAACUCAAGGUGGGGAGGGUGGCGUGCCAGGCACCAGCAAAGAUUUUCCACAUUGCCCAUUGAAGGCACAAAUUGUGUCCGGUGAGCUGGAGGAGGAAGAAUGGAAAGAGGCAUUGGUAACAGCUGGAAAGGGUAGUCAAAUACAGGUAAUAAAGAGGGGUGUUGGCCUCGUAAUUGGGGGCGGUCAAUGCAGAGCCUGUGAGGAGGCAUAUAAGGAGCCGGCCGGGGAUGAGAGGCUAACUGGUGGAGAGUGUCAGGGGCCCCCAGAGAGGGGCAGACACAAGGAGCAAGCAACCUGGGAUGGAGGGAGCACAGGGUGAUGCUCAAUCCCCUCCCUGUCCCUUCUCUGAGGCCAGACCUGAUAAGUCUAGUAGGCUUGGUAAAGGGAUGUGUAGGCAGACAAUUUGUAACUUAUCUAUUUCUAAAAACAGUUGUGACUCUCCUGCACUAUAGCAGUCUUACAAUUGUGAUAUCCUGCAGCAGUGUUCUUCACUGAAAGGCAUCCAGAGUCGGCCCUCAUCAACCCUCAGUGGGGUUCCAUGACGAAUUGUUUAUUGGGCCUGUGUGAAGCUUCAGCCAAAGCUGAAUGCUCUGCACAGCCCCCCUGGCACCAUGCGGAGAUGACCACUCUCACCAUCCAACACUAGGGAGGGGACUCUUAAGGGCAAGGCAGCCCUCUUGAGCCCCAGAGUGCAUGCCUGCCCACAGGUUCCUAUUUUCCCACUCACCUUAUUGGGAAAAUGGGGACAUGUUGGCAGGUAUGAGAGUGCUGGGAAGUGCUUCCCUCCUAGAGCAGAGUACAGCUGCCGUUUUCACCAUAUGUGAAAGCAAUAUAGGAUGCCCUUGUCUAAAGAUUGGAAGGGAAAGGACCAAAGGGUCCAUUUUCAGCACUUUUAACACUGCUAUGCUUGUUGAAAUUUUUAUCAGAGAACUUUAAAAUUAGGCACAUUUGUAGACCUUGUCCAGUUGAUCAUGCAUGCCAAAUUUCAAGUUCUGAGCUCAGCAAAUAUUAUAAGUACAAACAACACGAUUUGGAGGGUUAAAAUGGAGAAACCUCUUUUUUUUUUUUUUUUUUUGCUACUUGAUUUAACUAAAGGGGGCACUCCUCUGCUCCUUUUAAUGAAAGUUAUUGAUGCUGCAGAAGUGCCCUCCCUAUCUGCACACUUGCGUUUGUUUCUCGGAUACUAGGACCACUGUAGCUGCGUUUAAAAUUUUCUACACUUGUGAAAAAGGUUUCGGUGUCCAUGUAUUAUUGCAAGCAAUCUGUAAAAGCAAUAAAACUUGAAGGUGAACAACA